CGCUAAAAUCAAAUCUAUUUGUAAAUUGACAACAUGGCAGCUCUACACUGGCUAGAAAUAUUGGAAAAAGAAUUCGAUAAAGCAUUUGUAGAUUUAGAUAUACUUCUUGGAGAAAUAGAUCCUGAUCAGUGCGAUAUCACUUAUGAUGGUCGACAGAAAAUGACAGCGUUGAGUGCAGCUUUUGCUCAGCUUUGUCACAAAUCACAGACGAUUUUUCAGAAUAAUGCAAAAUAUGAAGCACAAAUUAUGAAUUUAAGAGCUGAUCUGUGUGAAGUCCAGGCAACAAAGGCAGUUCUCGAAAAAGAACUUCACAACCAGCUUUUACAACUACAUGCUAUACAACUCCAGCUGCAUGUCAGCACGGGGCAGAAUGUUGAUUCGGAUUCUAUCAAAGAAAAAUUAGAAAAAGAAAUGGUAAGCCAUAUGACAGAUGCUAUAAAAGAAGCUCGCCUGGAGGCAGAGGUCAACGAACUCAUUAAGGAAAAUGAGAGCUUGAAGCAUCAUGUGCUAGCUCUACAAGGAGAAGUGUAUGGAUCAAGACUAGCUGCAAAAUAUCUAGACAAGGAAUUAGCAGGAAGAAUCCAACAAAUUCAACUGUUAGGACGAGACUUACGUGGUCCAGAGCAUGAUAAGUUAUGGAACCAAUUAGAAGCAGAAAUCCAUCUUCAUCGUCAUAAAACAGUAAUCCGAGCAUGCAGAGGAAGAGGGGGAAUUAAGAAGAAACUACCUCAACCAGUUGGGCAUGAUAAGGCAAUUCAGAGUCGUGGUGUUGGGGAGGUGCGCAAGAUUCUGCUCAUUAAAGAACCAAAUGAAGGCCUGGGAAUGUCAAUUACUGGAGGACGUGAACAUGGAGUGCCAAUAUUGAUAUCGGAGAUUCACGAGGGCAUGCCAGCAGAUCGAUGCCAGGGUUUAUUUGUCGGGGAUGCAAUAUUAUCUGUGAACGGUUUUGACCUUCGAACCUCCAAGCAUGCUCAAGCUGUUGAUAUACUCUCGCAGCAGCAAGGUGAAAUAACAAUGGAUGUGCAAUUUGUUGCUCCUGACUCUGACACGGAUGAUGAUGAUGAUGACCCAUGUGAGGAUAACAUCCGAUCUCAUGCAUUUGAUGGAAGCACUAGUGAAUAUGUGGAGCCAUGUCAAUACAACGGAAAUGGUACACAAACACCACCACUUCUUGAAAAUAAAGCUGUUAUCAGCCAUGAAUCACGCUACCAACUACAAGACGGAGAACCACAAAGCUUAUCCAAUUCAGAAACUUCACCAAAGAUAGCAGAAAAGACUUCAGACGAAAAAACAUUAGAUGCUGAUGAUUCAAAGCAGUUAGUCAUCGGACAUGUAGCCACUGAAGCUGUCCAGCAGUCAUCAAUGACACCUGAUUCAGUUGAUGAUAGCGCCCUCUUCACAGCCCAUUGAGCUCAUUUACUUAGUGCUAGUCUUUUCCUCACAUCGUCUACAGAACAUUGUUAUCAUGGUGUAUUUGGUUAUUAAUAACAUACUAAAUUUAUGAAUUCAAUGAAUUUUUAAGAUUAACUAACAGAACUGUUAAUGACAGUUUGGCUAAUCCUCCCGCCACCACGCUGGUGCCGUCAAUGGCUAUGAGUUUGGAUGCUCAGAGGCACUUUAGAUGGUAUAGUUUGUUGUUAUAGUUAGAUAAAACUAUCAAACAGUAUUGGGUAAUUUUUUACUUUAUAUUGGGAACUGAAAUGUAUGUAUAGAUAACAAAGGUAGUUUGUUUGUAGCCCUACAUGUCCAAUACAUGUAAAUGUAUUAUACUUCAGAAUCUACUUAUUUUAUUCUUGCAUUGAUUCAAAUACAAAAUCUACAAAAAAGGCUGAAUCCCGAAAUCUCAUAAAAGCGAAUGGUACGUAGUGUGUCGUUCUAUCAAAAUCAAACUCUAGGUUACUCGCUUGCUCGUGAUGCACAGGACAGGUGAUCACUGUGGCUGACAUAGACUUGAAAACAGCAUAUGUGCAAAGUACGUUCUUAGAUUUUACCAAAAUAUCCUACGUUAAGAAAAUGUGCGUAUGGGAUGGGACUAGGGAGAAUGGCCUGGCAGUCAACAUGUUUAAGAAUUCUUAUUAAUACUAUAAUGUGGGGCAUGGGUCUGUUUUUGGGGAUUAUGAUGGUUUCUCUCCAAUUUGUGUCCUAGUUCAAAUCCUACCAACUUCAGGGUUUUCCUUCCAACCCGAAAUCUCAGCCUGUAGCUCAUAGUUUGUGCCUCAGAAUAGUUAAGAUGGUGCAUUAUAUAUUCUGCGUGGUUAUAAUUGGAUGGAAAGUAACUAAGUACUUUUGAGAUAAAGAACGAUUUGAGGUUUGUGUUUGUGCUCGCACCAUGCUAUGCGUGCUAGUAUACAAAUGGGGUGAGCAUCAGUACUGCUGAUAAAUGUGUAGAGGAGCAAAAUGAAUUAUUCAUUAGAGCAUGUUGGUGGUUUCCUAAUCAAGACCAGUGCUGAGUAUUUUUUAUAGAGCUUACAUUUGCUACUCUUGAAUGGUCACUAUUAGGUGUUAAAUUAAUUGUUGAUGGUCACCAUUGAUGGUCACCAUUGCCAAUUUUAUCAUAACGUCCUGUGUAGAAUUCGUAUAUAUUUCCACUAUUCAAUGUGCUAAAAGGUUUGCAUGAUUCUAUUAGCACCUGAAGGGUUGUUUUAUCAUAUGAUGUUUGCCAUUCCAAGACCAGGGUAUUGCUAAUUGUUAAAGUAAGUAAUUAGCAUAAUAAUGCGGCAGUAGUGUAUACUUUAGUAUAGAGAAGCCAUAAUACUUCUACUCAUAACUUUGCAAUAGUAAUAAUAAUAAUAAUAAUAAGUUGAUUCCAGUAAAAAUGACCAAUCAUUUUAACGCCUGUAAUGUGGAGAAUAAGAAUAUAUUAAAAAGUGAAUUUUCAUUUUCUUAGGUAACUGAUGUUGGUUUUGGGAUGGCAAGCCUCAUACUGUAUGGCGCUAUGUAAAUCUGGAAUAAUUAUUAUAUAAGAAUUAAUUUUAUUUUUAAUUUCUAAAUCAGAAAAGCAAAGAAAAAAAAUCUCUUGCAAUUUCAAUUAUUACAAAUUUUCAUAUAUUUUAUUUUGUAUUUAUAGUAGUAGUGGAUUUUUAUUUCUGUUUUUUUUUUUUAAUGGUAGAAGGGAUUUUAUUUGAGGUUAUGGGCCAGAUACAGUAGCAGACUUUAUACUAGUAUAUAUUGGAACAUAAUGAAGGAUAUAUCUAAACACCUUGGUGAACUAAUGAUUACCAAAUAUGUAUUUUAAAAACUUACUAUUUUUUUAGUAAAGUAGUAUUGAGUCCCUUUCUAAUGUUCCACAAAGUAUUUAUAUAUUGAAAGUGUUGUACCACAUGAUAUAACAGUCACUGGCACAGUAGAGUAUAUAGUUCAAUCUUAGAAAUCACGGAUUUAAAAUCCAAGAAGUAGCAUAAAUGUAAAUGUUUGACUUACAAUGCAUGUUGAUAGUUAGUUCUGUAGUUGUUAAAGCAAAAUUGUAUAUUUAGUCAGGUGGUUGGUUGAGGUAUGCACCAAACAUAUUCAACCACAGAUUCAUUUAAUUAAAUUACCUAAAAUCUUAAAACUUUUUUCAGAAGCAAAAAUCUCUCUUGAUAUAGGAUGAUUUUUCUUGGAUUAUUCAUAAUAUAUGAACUGUCUUAAGUUUUUAUAGUAAUUAUAUUAUUGGAUAUAUUACUGUAUAUUAUUAUUUAUUAUUAUAUGACACCCUGAAUGUUUAAAAUGACUCUGACAUCACUCCAUCCCUCUAUGUUGACUUAUGAGUACCUGACUAAGAUCUUAUAAAAACAAAAUAGCGUUCUUCGCAUUAUCUGUGUACAAAUUCUGUAAUAAUGCAGUGUACGGUGCUCUUUGAUUGCUUUGACCAUGGCAUACACCGCAUAACUUUACCUUAACACGUACAAUCAGAAGCGUCGAUUAACAAUGCACCCUCUAUUUAGAACAAUUAAGGAACAAUAGCGUAUUUGGUGAACUUUUGCGUAGCGCGAACCUCUCAGAUCAAUGGCAACAACUAGGACGGAAUUGUCGCUUCAAUUUGUUAUGCGUAAAUUGUGGCGAAUGCUAUCUUGAAUUUAUAAGAUCUUCGGUACUUGAUCAUGUGAUGCACAAUGACUGUGCUUCCAGUUGUAAGAUCGAGAGUUUUAGUGUUAUGCUGACCACUUGUUGAGUUCUUGUGGCCAAGACAUUUUUAGUUACUAAUGAAGGUUGAUUAAUUUGCAAUAAUAUGCACUCUAUAAACCAAAAUUAUUCUCCUUAUUUAGAUCUCUGCCCACAUUAUGACAACUGUAUACACAGAGUGUAGUACUAUAGUUGCACCUGAUGUAGUCCCUUUAAAUCUUCCAACUAUUUAUCAUUUCUGGAAUAUUGGAUACACAUUACCGAAUUGUAGUUAUUAACUAUUAUUUUGGUAAAGAGUUUACUUUCUUUCAGUAUGUAUAUAAAUAUUUGAUGUACCACACAUUAUUUUUUGUGGUUUGCUUAAAAUGUUAUUACAUUUUCUCUAUUUAUAAUUUGUAUAUAUGCUACUAUAUUUUCUUUAGCUCAUGUUGGACUAAAUGUGUUGUUACAUGUCACAUGACUUGUUGGUCACAUGACUUGCUAGUCACAAGACUAUUGUUUGUCACACAUGUAUGCCAUGGAAACCUGGGGAUUCUUUUUG